UAGACUCUACAAAGAGAAAGAUUUUUUUUAAAUGCCAAUGUGAUACAUAAUUGUAUUUAAGUUGCAAUGACAGAUUCUAGGUACAAGAUUUGUUUAUUGCACUUUCUAAAAGACCUUUCUUGAUGCUGUCCUCAGACCCAGAGGGAGGCUGUUCCAGACUUUGGGUGAAAUUGCAGAACCUGCAAAAUUACAUCAUCUUUUCAGAUAGUAUGUUCCUCCCCUCAGAAUUUAACAUAAGAGGCACUGAAGUCUGGACUAUAUGUGGUGAUAAUGUCAACCUAAAACUGAUAACCUGAGAUAAUGAUAAAAGAAAAUUGUAGGCUACUACAGUGUAAUAUUUAGGCCUGUUAGGCCUACUUUAAGAAGUUGUUGAACUCAGUAUGUUUUUGUCAGGAGCUUGUUGACUUGUUGUCCAUGGGAAUUAAAGUCACCUGUAAGCCUGAUUGCGCUUCCCAGAUAAAUGGGAGCUGUACAGUCACACAGCUGCAUUGCUGCCGGUCUUUCCUGUGCAACGAAGACCUAAACCCGCAGUUGCACACACGUUUUAACCGCACCGAUGAGUAACAUAAGCCAGGUGUUGUCUCUUGUGGUGCCCCCAACAAGCUUUGGCAAUGUGUUGAUAGUUCUUUUCAGCAUUUUUCUGGCUGCAACCAUCAUUUUCCUCAACGUGUCUGUAUCUCUCUCCAUACUGCUGCACAAGGCGCUGCGCAGCGAGAACCGCUUCAUGUACAUGCUGAGCACCUGCUUCAGUGACAUCUGCACCGGCGUGUCAUAUUAUUAUGUUGGCGUUCUUGAUGUGAGGGAUAACGUCGACUCCCCGACAAGAACCUUUUAUAUUGCACCCACAUUUCUAGGACUGUCUUACAUGGCCAUCCUGGCCGCGCAGGCAGACAGGUACCACGCGGUGGUGUCACCUUUUAAAUACUCCCAGCGCAUGACCCGAAACAGGACCCUGCUGGUCAUCUCUGUUUACUGGGUCUAUGCUUUUUUGAUCGUGGCUGUGCACAACCUGGUCACAGUCGGGGUAGCCAAAAAGAUCACGGGCAUUGGUACGUUUGUGGGGAACAUAUUCACAGUGAUUAUAAUGAUAGGGCUGAAUAUUAGACUGUUCGUAAUAGCCAGGUUCCAGCUGGAGAGGGAACCGCCAUCUGAGGAGAGAGAGAGCAAGCGCUCAUCGGUGUAUCUCAUACUGGUGGUGGCUGUGUUUUUCUUGGGGACGUGGCUUCCCAUAUUCUGUCAUGUUAUCAUCUGCAAUUUCAUUGGUUCAACGUGUUAUACUUUUAAGAACGAAGGCACUGACCCUCUUCGCAUUUUGCCCAGAGUUAAUGCUGCCCUGACCCCCCUCCUGUACAUCAGAGGGUGCACGGCGCUCAGAGCAAACCUGCUCACUAAAGUGUGGAGACCCUGCUGUAGGAAGAGUAGGCAACAUCCUGGACGACUUGGCCCUAUACCUACCCAGGUCCCGCAGCGUAAUUUAAAACUAGGAUGGAUGUCAAAGUAAACGUUGUUUUAUAACCAAACUAAUCAAAGACUGAAGAGGAAGUUUCAUUUGAAAGCACGCUUGCUGUCAAACGAUGACAAUUCAGGCUUUGCAUUUCCUGGAAGAAGAGGAAAUGUUUAAUCAUGUGCUCAGCACAUCUAAUCUGUUAAGCACAAUAUCUCCAUUGUUGUUUUCAAAUCGCAAUGAACGAAUUUCAGGUCUCUAUUAGGCCUAAGUGUGUUGUCUGAAUGUCUUGCCAUGAGAAAUGUUGUUCCACAAAAAAACUGAUGGAAAUGACAAACACGUGUUUUAAUUUAGUUAUUUAUAGUAGGUAGGUUAUCUCUAGUAAAAAUGAAUCAAUAGCCUAAGGGAAACUUGACUGUGCCAACAUUUUGUUAUUACAGCCAUUUUGUUUUAAUUUAAUUGUCAACAUCUAUAAGCUUCCUUACUGGAAACAAUUUAAAUGUGAAAUAGGCCUAUGCAUAGGACAAAGUUGGACGAAUCUUUUAUUAAGCUAUUACUUGGUAGCCUCCAGCAUAUUUCCAGAGACUGGUAAUUUUCCUGACACCUUAAUUAAAUAGAUUUUUGCUAUAGUAACAUGUUUUUUUUGCUAAAGCAGACCUAACCAUGUGUCACUGAAACUUGGCAAAAGGGGGAUUAGCUGUGGCCAGGCUGAUUGGCUGUUUUAACUGAAUUCUGGUAUAAAUUCCCAUCGGACAUGGGCAAUUAGGAAUUUUUAUUUUGCCUAUCUUUAUGAGGGUUUUCACAUGGUUGCCUCAUAGCCAUUGUCGGUGAUCGCGAAGGAUCUUCAACUACGGUGCAGCCUAGGCAACCAAUAAUCCAGAAACACAUGCAGUGAGUCGACGAACCUUGAUUAUGCAACUCAGUGUGUUGAGCCUCCAGGCAGAGGAUGCAGUUUCCGCGGUAACCACUGAGUGUCAGAAGAGCACUUUGGCACAGCGCCAUAACUUCGAUAUUCAAGGAAUUUGAACUAUAAGCAUAAAGCAUGGGAGAUUAAACUGGUGCAAUGUGUGGAUCAAUCUGUGUCUCUGUAGCGCACUGCAGGCGAUGGGCAACAAUAUCCAUUAUCUCAGCAGCCAAGUGGCAUCAUCAAAGUAAUCUCGUUGAUAGAGGUCCAAUAAUUGGUAUGUCUAGGUGAGACCAUGAGUAGGUUGGAUCUUGUUUUCUAUUGGCUGAAGGCUGGUCUGGGUCCUCUGUGCUAAGGGGAGGAGCCAACAGAUCACCACACUUCCGCACAUCUGGUGCCCAAUUUUUGACUCAGAAACAUCUCUCUCCUUCUCUCUUCCUUUCUGCAGAUACCUAUAAAUAAUUUGGCCAUCAAUCAUGAUGAAUGGCCGAGAUUUGUUAUUGCUUUGAGGACAAAUUUGAAGUCUCAAAUUGCAACUGUUAUCUUAAAUCCAACUAAUAAAUUGAUUUAAGAAU